CUGAACCAGGAAGUACUUGUGUAUCCUUUAGCUAACUAGCUACCCGUGGAUAGCACAGAGUGAAACUGUGUGACAGUAAAGUUUGUCUCAGUUUAAUUCAUGCUACGCUUUUGCCUGUAAGACAUAUGCCAGGUGAACGUCGUGGUUAGCAGACAGUCGUGUCGCUUACAGGAAAGAAGGGGACGUUGUAUGCGAUGAAAAUGAUUUUCUUACCACUGUGUGAUAGGCAAUGAUAGGCUUGACAAAUUAUGCGGGGGUUAUGGAAAGUCUAAUGAAUUCUGCUGAAGAGAAGCAGCCCUCCUCUCCACUGACCAACUCAUGGGCCAAAAAACAGGAAUCAAGCAAGAGUCAAAAGCCAAAUGGUGUUGGUGGCUUUGUUUUAGUGCAUGCAGGUGCAGGAUACCAUUCAGAAUCUAAGGCCAAGGAGUACAAGCAUGUGUGCAAAAGAGCCUGCCAGCGAGCUGUCGACCAGCUCAAAGCUGGGGCACUUGCCGUGGAGGCAGUGGCUGCAGCACUAGUUGAACUUGAGGACUCUCCUUUUACAAAUGCUGGCAUGGGCUCCAACCUUAAUUUGUCCGGGGAAAUUGAGUGUGAUGCAAGUAUCAUGGAUGGAAAGUCUCUGCAUUUUGGCGCUGUAGGAGCUCUUAGUGGUAUAAAGAACCCAGUAAUGGUUGCAAACCGUCUGCUGAGUGAAGCACAGAAAGGGAAACUUUCAGCUGGCAGAAUACCACCCUGCUUUUUAGUGGGGCGGGGAGCACAUGAUUGGGCUGUUAGCCAUGGAAUACCGCCAUGCCCUUCAGAUAAAAUGGCCACCAAGUUCAGUUUAUCUGCAUACAAGAGGAACAAGCGAAAGAUGGAGCUGGCAGAGAAAAUGGACACAGGACAUAAUCAGACAAAGAAAAGACGACAAUCAAGUGAAAAUGAAAAUGGCUCAGGGUGCCUCGACACAGUUGGAGCUGUUGUUGUGGACCUGGAGGGGAAUGUAGCUGCAGCAGUGUCCAGUGGAGGUUUGGCUAUGAAACAUCCCGGCAGGGUUGGCCAGGCUGCUCACUAUGGAUGUGGCUGCUGGGCUGAAAAUGCCUGUAAUAUGAACUCUUACUCUACAGCAGUGAGUACCUCAGGCUGCGGGGAGCAUCUGAUUCGCACCAUGCUGGCACGGGAAUGCUCUGCUGCCAUGCAGUCUGAAGAUGCCCACCAAGCCCUGCUGGAGGCUAUGCAAAACAAGUUCAUCAGUUCACCCUUUCUGGCCAGUGAAGAUCGUGUUUUGGGGGGAGUAAUUGUCUUGCGAUGUUGCAGAUGUGUGGAGGCUCAGCCGUCUCAAAAUUUUCAGGGUAUACUGGUGGAGUUCCUGUGGAGUCACACCACAGAGAGCAUGUGUGUUGGCUACAUGUCUGCCCAAGAUAGCAAAGCAAAGACACACAUAUCCAGAUUGCCACCUGGGACAGUUCCUGGACAGUCUUUGGCCAUCGAGGGAGGGGUGUGUCGGCUGAUGGGUGUAGUGGAGUGAGGCGUGUUUUCCUUCCUUCUGGGCUUCUUCAGCAAUACUCCAAUAUAAACUCUUCCAUCCACCCUCAAAUACACACACACACACACACACACACACACACACACCACCCUCAACUCCCCACGGCCUUUGUGAUGCCAGAAGUAAUAAGCUUUUGCUGUUUAAACAGGUGUCCAGGAAGGAGGGAGGAGUGUUAGCUUCUACUUAGUGCACUUACAGGACUUCCCUUUGCCACUGUCUGCCUCCAGCAUGUACUCUAUGCCAACUUAUCCCCGAGCUCUCCAGUGUCACCUGGACUAGACUUGAUGCACCAUUGCCUUGAUGCGCCGUUUUAUGUUCUUUUGUCUUUGUUACUGUUUUUCAACUAAAAGUGGCUUCUUUCCUUUUGUAUAUAAGCUAUAAUUUUGUUUUUUUGUUGGCAAAACAGGGUGGAUAUUCAUAUUAUUUUAUAUUACUGAACAGAUGUGACUAUUUUCAAACUUUUAGGAAUUUCAAAUGCAAGAACUUGUUGCGUUUUUAAAAUACUUUUCAAUGUUAAAAAGAUGUCAGAUUGCACCGUGUGGGAUGCCUGCGACUCGAGGUUAUCAGGAAUGAAGAAUUAAAGCUGCAAGGGUUGGACGGUGACACAAAGCCUACUUAGUUUUCCACGUACAACUUCCACACAUACUCGUACACACAUGCUCUUAUUAAUCCUCCGGCGUAUUGUUUAAUGUAGCAUCAUGUGCAUCUUUGAUGAACUUUCUAACCGUUUCAGCCAUAGACUUUGCUUGGCUUUAUUUUUGUUUUUUAAAUGUGAAUACUUAGAUACUGCAUGUGCAAAAUCCACAAUAAGCCACUUUCUUUUCUCUGAUGUGCAGAAAUGCUCAAGAAGCAGGAAGCUAUGCACUUCCAGAGUGAUGCUUAUAUAUACAUAUAUAUCUAUAUAUAGUGCUCAGGCAGCAACAUUUGACCCAAGCGCCAAACAUGACUGUUAGUCAUCAUAUAGAAAUCACAGUUUAUAUUUGUACAGUCCCAGUGACAGAGACGUGUAUUUUCUUGCUAAAACAAAGUACAGUUAAAAACUAAUGUAUGCAUCAAGCCCAUGAAAUGGUGCUGUCGAGAAUUGUACUUGAAAAGAAUAAUUGUCUGAAUUGAAACUUUUGUUGGGAUAUUUGGUUUCUCUGGUUUUGCUUUUUUUUUUCUUUGCUCAGACUUUCACUCCCAGCAAAACCACGGUAUAGCUUGUUUAUUGUUUACUUGAAAAAUGCAACUAAUAUAAAAUGGUAUAAGCUAUGUAAAUCAUACGUGCACCGCUUUCUAAAGUGCUCAGAAGGUAAAAUAAAAUGUAUGUUGCUACGUA